UAUUUUUAAUAAUAAUUAAAACCUCAAUACCUAUAUACCUAUUUAUUAGACAAUUUCUUUAAAUUCGUGUUACUAAAAUUUUUUAUACGAAUAAAAAUAGAUAUUUCGCAAUGUUCCGACCGAUUUCGUCGAUCGGUCGACAAAUUAAAUUUAAGAGUUGUUCAAAGCAAAAUAUUAGAAACAAAGUAAUACGUCCCGCUUCUAUCUUGAACCCUGCUGAAAAAAUAAAAUUAUACCAAAAAGAAAACAAAGAAUUAUUCGGCCCGUUAUUAGAAACGAACAAACAGAAGAAACGGCGACUGAAAGAAGCAGCUAAAAAUAAAAUUUCACAUCAAAACAACGACGCGAGUUCUCCAAAGGAAAAUACAAAGUUUGAGAAGAAUGCAGUUGACAAGGUCAACUUUUUAAUUGGUUAUAAAAAUCUGACUGUUCUUGAAGAUUUAAAAAAAAGAAUGUUUCAAAAUACAAAGCUUUGUGUCAACCUUGUGGGGGCCCUAUUGAAUACUAGUGCUGUAAGAGGCAUCAAAACAGUUGCAUCAAGUCAUGCAGCGAGCUCUCCUGCUCAACCUGGUUAUGCAAGUGAAGAUGGAAUCCUGCAGAUCAAGCCCUACCAGAAUGAUUUUGCCAAACAGUAUCCCUCCGUUACUCUUAUAUUGAAUAAAACUAUGACAGAGGAAUCAAGAGCAGCUCUAGAGAAAUGGAAGCAGGAAAGAAUUGCCGAAAUGGGUUUAGAUGCAUUCAACAAAUUUUAUGAAGCACAAAUGGCAGUUGGCACCAAAUUCCACAGUACACUGAAAAAUUACUUCACACAACCACAGACUCAGCUUCGUAUUGAGAAAGAAGUGGAGGGAGUGUGGGUCUCUGUAUCUGAUUUACUCAAAAGUAUAUCCUCACCAAAGGCGAUAGAGUCCAAUGUCAUCCAUCCAGUGUUGAAGUAUAGAGGCAUAUUUGAUGCUAUUGCUGAUUAUGAAGAUAAACCGACACUGAUUGAAUGGAAAAAAUCUGAUAAACCACGCAAAUCUAUAUCUCUGACCUACGACAAUCCAGUACAAUUGGCAGCUUAUUUCGGAGCUGUAUGCAAUGAUCUUAACUACAAGCAUUUGAAUGUGCGUGAUGCCUUACUCGUUAUUGCAUAUACGGACGGCUCCAAAGCCGAUGCCUACCACCUAACCACUGAUAAGUUGAGAGAACAUUGGGCGCAGUGGUUGAUAAGGCUAGAAGACUAUAUGAAGAAACAUGGCAACGCUGAAGAGAAAAUAUUGAAAGGUGGCAAACGGCUGUUCGAAGAGGACAUAGAGAAUCUCCAGUAAUUGUUGAGGAGUUAAUCACACGUCAAACAGUCUGAAAUGAGAACAAACCACAAUUCCACAAUGUCUUUUAUUCGUUAUAUUGUUGAAUACUAGUUAUUAUUAAAUAUUGUUAUGCAAAAACAUGUUAAAAUUAUAUAUCGUGUACACUGCGACGUAAUCUAACAAAUCGAGUAACCGAAAUAUGUUCGGCGAAUAUCAUUAGCUAAAUAUCUGUAUUUCGAUUUAAGUUUUAGUUUUUAUGAAUUAGGAGGUAACUGUUUGGUCUACGAGCCAGUUAUGCCCUUCUUCAUAUAAAGUCUCCUACAAAACUAUUUUAACUAUUAGAGUGUUCUGUCACUUUCUUCCAAAUCAAAAAUUUUGUACAAAAGACAAAAUAGGCAUGGGUAAUAUUGGUACCGCUCCAAUAUCUAUAUAUUGUGUUCUUUGGAUAUUGAUGGUGGAAGAAACGUCAUUACCCACUUCCGUAUUAUCCGUACUGGUCGGUUAUUUAUAUACAUUUCGAUAUUAAAUAUUGGAUAACAGAUAUUUAACUCUUUCGUUGUUAUGCCAAUAUAUAGAUAUUGUGACUAAAAUAUAUAGAUACAGCUAAAUAUUACCCACUCCUAAGACAAAACACUUCAAUAGCUACAAGUUUAUAAGACGUUUGAUGGUUUUAUGAAUAAAAGGAUACGUACUUACAUCUGUUAGAAAAAUGCGUCACUAAAAAAUUAUUGUCGCAGCGCAUACAGCUUUACCGACAUGUAAAUUGGAUCGAGAUCUGGUAUCAACUUUCUUUAUGUUAAAAACAAUAUGACUAUUGAAUUCAACGUGUUAUUGAGUGGUGAUCGCGUAUAUGAAAACAGUAUGUACCGCUGUUUUCCUAUAUAACCAUUCAAUUGCCCAUUUUCAUGGCUAUAAAUCCACAGUAUCCAAGAAUCCGGAGUCAGUUCCUAAGCGUCGGUAUCCAGUGCCGUAUGCUGUACAAUUAGAUAUAUCGAAACAGACUUGAAAAUGUCAUACUCAUUUGUAAUCAUUAUCGUCCAAAAUUUUGUGUAUCUAUUAAUGUUAACAUGUUAACGGCUUUUAUUGGCACUUAUGUCGUAUUUUGAAUUGCUGAUAAUUGCUACAAAUAUUUGUAUUAACCUAUGACUCGUAUAUUGCAGUUUCCCAAACUCUACUUUCCUCAAAUGUUCCAAUGUAUGAAACAUCUGAGGAAUAUUUCCGAAAUCAAUGUCAUGUGAAUGAUAAAUUGCUUCAAAAAAAGGGAAUAUCGAAAUGCAUCUUCAGUGGAAACUAAUUGGUUAAUGAAUAUUAUUACGAAUAUUAAGAUAAUUAUAUGAAAAUUAAGCAGUCUUUCCCUUUUGGCAAUUCGGCUUUGGCUUCAGAGAUGAGAAUGAUCUAUAACGUCUUUAUUGUAACUUAGUGUAUAUGUUCCUGAGAGAACGACAAAUGUGCCUAAUUUAAGGAAUUAUAUUACAUUUUAUCGUCAUGUGGGCGCUUAUAUCAAUUUGUAUAACCUAUAACUUAGCAAUUACUUCAUUUGUCAGUGUAAAUCUCAAUGGUGACAAGUUCCUUACAUUUCUUUUUGUUUCCAUGCACCGUUCUAUUAAUGGCUGAGUUUUAAAUCCUGGUCACGGCACCAAUUGUAUUACCUUCUAAGUUUUAUUUUUUAUUAGGACCCUUAUGGUUUUUUUUAUACUUAUAAUAUUUGACAUAGCCCUUUUCUUACUACUCUAUUAAUACAAUUUCUAUAUGUAUACUUUAAUAUUGCAUAUUAUUUUCGCAUGGCGAUUCAUGACCAUUGCUGCGCUUCUCGUUGAUCAACUAUAAAAGUGAGGUGCAUGUUUAACUAGGAAAAUAGCCUAUCAAUUGUCAUCGAAUUUAUUAAAAAAACUCACUGAUGUAGUUUCGUUUUUGGCUCCUACUUUUUAAUCUUGUUAUUUAAUAUAAUAGUACAAAAAAUGCGUACCAUUAUUUUAUGUAACGAUAAUGUUAAAUAAAUUAGUUUGAUUUAAAUUUUGUAUGCCAAAAAUAGUUAUUACUUAGUCAAGUUAUUUACAACUGAUAUUCCAUAAGCAUUGCUGUCCGUAUUAUAUUAUUAUUAUAGCUAUUACGGGCGCCACGGGCAAAACUUUAAACAUGAAUAUUAAUGGAAAUUAUUAGGUGUCUCGAGUUUGUCAUUUGGCGAGUAUGUCCCACGGAAAACUUCUGAGAAGACACUGGCGAUAAGUUUUAUUUAUAAAUUGUGUGUAUAAUGCAGGAGCAGUGGCUCCAUCUAGCGUACCUAGACGGAUCUAAAUAUUGUUAAAAUAGAUGGCGCCACUGGUCAUUCGAUAUAAUUUUACUUGUAAUAAGACGUGCGACAAAAAUACUGACAUGGGGACUAAAUGCUACUAAAAAAAUUAGCACUUAAAAAUAAUUUAAUAUUUUUAUCUCAAAAUUUUGAACUUAACGAAUAAAUUGGGUGAUGGCAAUUAGUCGCCCAUUUCUAUAUUUAAAGUUGCCCUAUAUAUUAUUAUUUGUUUCUAUAUACAAAAAUAUUGUCAUUACUAUUAGUUUAUUUGCCUCUUAAUUAAGUAGGUAUCUAGUAUCAAAAUUUUAGAAAUUAGUAUUGAUUUAUUCAUAUUAUUUGCUACUUUUUAUUUGUUAAGACUUUAUGGGUACGGCUAAUGUUCAGUUUUUGACAUUGUAUAGCCAAAUAUAAUUAUGAUAAUCUUGUAUUCGAUAUUUAAAAUUUCAAGAUGGCGCUUCGCCUUAAAGUAUUUACAUUACCUGUCAAAUGUUAUGCAAAUUAUUAGAUAUGUAUUUUAAAUAUUUCAUAAAAUAACUUAAAACUUCUCUGUAAAGUACUAAAACCAUUAAAUAUUAGAAUAGUGUGAAAUUUUGAAAUGUACUACAAUGUUGAUUUUAUUUUCAUUUCAAAAUUUCACUUAUUUUUAAAUAUAUUGUUUAUUUUUAAAAAAAUGCGGUGUUGAAAUUUGACAGAUAAGUAAAUAGACUGAUAAUGGAGCCGAUUUUAAUGUGUCUUACAGUAAUUCCAAUUUAAAAUACUGUAAUAAAAAUUUAAUUAAGUUUUUAUUCUCUUAAUUCAUCGAAAUAAGUAAACAUAAAUAAAAAAAUAAAAAAUUAUUUUCUCUACAAUCUUAAUUAUAGUUAUAGCGUGAUACAUAAGGUAGAUUAAAACAAUCAAAUAAGGUAAAAUAAAAUAACUUGAUUAUUUAAAAUUUCAUAAAUCACUCACAAAAGAAGCAAGGUGAUGUCCUCGUAUCAAAAAUUAAAAAAAAAAACUUAAAGUACGCAUAUUUUUAAGGACAUUUUUGAUAGUAAAAUAUUAUAUAUAUAUGUUUCUACCGCCUAAUGCAAUCUCAUGAAAACUCACUAAGAGUAGAAGGAGGUUCAAAUUAAAAAACCUCACGUUUGUAGACGUCCUCUUUGAUAGUUUAGCUAAGGUACGUGUAUUGUGUUAAAAAAUACCAAAAGCUUAAAGUAAUUACGACUGAAAUCUAUUUAAAAUUCGAUUCCUACACUAUUUCGUUAAAUUUAUAAAGAAUGGCGUCUUUGAAUUGACCCCAUUGUCAGUCCCUUAUGGGUACCCACUAUUAAAUACCCGCAUUUUCGCUUUUAAAUUAACAAAAUUAUUCAUUGUUAAAAUAUAACAAGAGGCUGUAUCCAACAUAAUUCGAUAUUUUUUUUUUCGACAUUUAUUUGUAAACCUAUUUCACUGAAUAAAAUUUACUCUUCAGUUGAAAAA